UGAAGGGUUUAAGGCUGAAGGGCCUUUGCUAUCCGAGAUUAAAGCAAAAAUGGAGUCUUCAAAGCAAAAACCUGAAUUAGAAGGUGGAACAAAAGAAAAUCCUAUUAAAUACGAAUCAAGUUAUAUGUCUGAAGCGAAGAAAAUGUAUGAGGAUUUAGAUCCUCAUCCAAAAGAGCAAUUGCAACUAGGGAAGAUGAGCUCUUACACUCAGCGAGAUAAGCUCUUUUAUCCUGGAAAAUCUGAAGGGCAGCCAUUCAGACGUGAUCCUUACCACUAUUGUUACUCGAUCACAAAGCCUCCUGGCAAGAAUAGUUAUAACGCUGGUGAUGCUUUUGAUAAUUUUAUCUCUCAGGCAGACCAGAGUAUCAAUCACUUUGAAAACUACUUAAUCAGAGACAACCCGCAUAAUCCUCUUGGACUGAAGGCUACCUUCACGAUUAAUAUUGUAGAGAAGAGCUAUUUCGAGAAGAUGAAGUUCCAAGCUAAGAAAGAAGGAGUGGAUGUUGACGAUAUAAUUGCUUAUGAAGGAUGUCCAGGAGACGAUAUUACCAUCCUUGGUGGUAAAGAAAGCUUCUUAUCCCACUUCUGAACCUUUUUCAAGUUCAAUGCUUGAUAUGGAGUACACGAUAGAAAAAUCUCAGAAAAACUAAGUGAUGCUGAUAGGGUAGGAGAAAAGCUGAACGGUUGGCUUGAGAAGAUGGAAUAAAUAUUAAAUACCAAC